AUGGGUGCAUCCACGGGUGCAUCCACGGGUGCAUCCAUGGGUGCAUCCACGGGUGCAUCCACGGGUGCAUCCACGGGUGCAUCCACGGGUGCAUCCACGGGUGCAUCCACGGGUGCAUCUACGGGUGCAUCCACGGGUGCAUCCAUGGGUGCAUCCAUGGGUGCAUCCAUGGGUGCAUCCAUGGGUGCAUCCAUGGGUGCAUCCAUGGGUGCAUCCAUGGGUGCAUCCAUGGGUGCAUCCACGGGUGCAUCCAAGGGUGCAUCUGUUAUCGGUUGUGUGGACAACAGCUCUUCUCCAUGCGUGCAUAUGUGCACACCCGACAAACCAAGGAGCACCACUUGUCAUGCCGAAACUGAUUACCACCAUUAA